AUGCUGACGAGAUCCUUAACAGAAUGGAUGUGCUACAUAACUAUCGUAGACCAAGAUUCCACACGCAGCGACUCUUCUGGUAGAUGGAACGGCUUAAAGAUAAAUUGUUUUAUGAAACGUCACAAAGAAUGGCUACCAUGCGUAAACCGGGGCGAUGUCGUUAUUCUCCAUUCUGUCAAGAUUGAAGAAUACAGGGGCGAUAUUAUGGGCAUUGGACAACACAAUAUCCUUCGCUGGGCAGCUUAUUCUCCUUUUGCUGGGGAAAUACAUUAUGGUUCUGCAAAUAAUGCACCAAAGGAAGAAAUACUCGCAGACGGGUUCGGUGGACUAUUUUCCCCGUAUUACCGGCCAGACGAAGACGAUAUUCAACAUUGUAUAACAUUGUCUGAUUGGUGGAAAAAGAUAUUGGAGAAGGACCAGUCUGAAUUAGUUGUGCCGGUCUCGAGUGAUAACCUGAAAAGGAAGCACAGACUCCUUUGUGAAACUGGGCCUCAUGUUUUUCCCAAUGGUUAUUUCGACUGUACCGUGGAGGUAUUAAGAGUAUACAUAUCUCCUCAAGGAGUUCACUCUCUAUAUGCGACGGAUUAUACUCUUAGUCCUGGGUCUGGGUCCAAUAGCAAAGAAUGGCCAGCAGUAAUGAAUGACUACGUCCUGCAGUUCGAAAUGUGGAACGACGCCGCAGAGUUUGCCGAAAAAAUGAAACAGGGAGAAUAUUACUCGAUUAAAAAUGCACGUAUACGGUUGAAUAGAUUCGGUUAUGUGGAAGGAAAGAUUGCACAAGCAAAAAUUACUCGGUUGGAUGAGGACGAUGUUGCAAACAACAUUCAUUUUAAUCUCUUACUCAAGAGGAAGGCGGAAUGGAACUCAAAGCAUAAAGCAGACUCUGACUUAUUCCAACUCGUUCAAGAUGCUGAAAUCGGGAAAUUCUUUGACUGCUUGGUGGAGCUAUUGCACAUUGAAUCUAAGCCUCAUCAUAUGCCAAAGUUGUACAUCACUGAUUAUAGCAAGAAUUUCGACUUGGCGACGAGUUGCGGCGACGAAAUAUGGUCUCGCAACCUUGAGGGCUGUGUCAUUAAAAUUAUGUUAGAUGAUGGACAAAGUCACAUCCUCAAAUCCGCUACCCCUGGUACAAUAUUAUUGAUACGAAAGCUUCGACUGAAAUUCAAUACAGUCGAAGGUGGUAUCUGUGGUAUUUUGGGUGGAAGUGAAAAACUUAUUACGCCAAUGAACAUUAACCGAACGGACAAUGUCCGUCUGAAUGAUUUCAUUCGCCGAAAAGAAGAAUGGACAAACACUGUACAGAAUUCUCACCGCCAGCCAGAUAUUUCAAAGUGCGAAAAUGUGCACACUCGCAUAAGAGAUUUGCCACUGCAAAAUCCAGAUGCUGAACAAUACCAACUUAUUGCCAAAGUUGUCAGCUUUUACCCACCUGAACUAAAGAAUGCAUUUUACCAAAAUUGUUCAUCGUGUAACAAAGAGAUACCAAAAAAACAUCGGGCAUGCUUAAAGUGCGCAGAUUUUGACCACGAAUUUGUUCAAUUCUGUUAUCAAAUGUAUGUUUUGAUUGAGGAUGAGGUCGGAGACCAAGUUAAGCUUUCCAUUGGUGAUAAGAGCUCUCUUUUCAAAGGUCUCAAACGGGCGGAUUUGGCGAAAGACAGCUUGGCACUGCGUGAAUUCUCUGCAAGGGUCAAACCACUACUGGGGAACCUGUUUGUAUCACACGAUAGACCGAUACCCGAUACAGUUGACAAGGUCGAGAACGCCCCGCUCACCUUUCAGAUUAAUACAUGGAUUGUUGUAGACGGUUCACAAAGAAGCAGAGCUUUUGGACUCGAACGCUAUUCACCGAUAUAA